GCCUCUACCUGACAAUACCUCCUACGAUGCUACAACCACACUGAUUGUGCCAUGCAUUCCUCUCUUGAAGGGGCAGAAGACCUUGUCUACGUUCUUGGAUCCUGCCUGACAAACUAUGGAAGUGUUAUCAUGACAGAAAUUGUCAAAUCUGCGGUGGCUAAACCCAACCCAGGAAGGACUUGGCAUGACUCGACGUUAGAUCACUCAAACAGAACAACGGUGGAUGAAAUAGAGGAGACGCAUUCUUCAGAAGUUGACGCCCAUAUUUCGGCGGCGACUUCGUCAGCGAAAUUGAAUUCGAAAGGGUCUAUUACAGAAACACAGAUUUCAAGUGCUACUGAGAAGAACCAAGCGUGUCCAGAGAACCGCUGCUCUAGUCACUCUAGGCGAAGAGACAAGCCACUUGACUUCGGCAUAACCCAGCAGCAACCUGGUUGCCUUGGGGAAGAAGAAGUGCGACUACGUGAGCAGAUAAAAAGCAUGAAGAUCAACCUUGAGGAGGAUGCAGGUGUUCUAGGAUGGGACGAGGUCUUCGGACUUGCAUCUGUCAAGAUCGCGCUUGAAGAGUUUGCAACGUUCUUCUUGAAUUUUCCACACCUCACGAGAAAGCUUCGCCACUACUCAACGACAGGAAUAUUGCUCUUUGGACCCCAGGGUACGGGGAAGACGCUUCUGAUCAAGAGCUUCGCGGUCAGAUUUAACUUGGCAUUGUACGACAUCCGGGCUAGUGCUAUCAUGUCGAAGUACGUUGGCGAGUCGGAAAAAUUCAUCAAGGCGCUCUUUGCAGAAGUACGGGCCAAUUCACCUGCAAUCCUCAUGUUUGAUGAGUGUGACGGGCUCUUGUGCAAUCCAAAUGCCGACUCAACUCAGUCACACCAUUACAGGCUACUACAGAACGAGCUCAAGAAUCAGUGGAGUGAUCUAGUCUACUCUCGUGAAGAGGUCAUCGUAGUGGGCGCAACGAACAAGCCGCACGACAUUGACAUGGACGGCUUUGGCCGCCGGCUGUCACUGAAGCUACACGUGGAGCUGCCCAAUGAGCAUGCCAGUCGUUCGAUUAUCAAAGCUGCAAUGGCCAGAGUUGUUCAUACCAUUGACGAAGCAGGCUUUGAAGCUCUGGGCAACCUCUGUUAUGAUCGUGGCCUCUCGGGAUACGAUGUUGAUUGUUUUGUGGAGGCACAAUUGAGGAAAGCCAUCAGGAAGAUCACCCUAGCGAAAGCAUUCCGGAAACUCGAGCAUGAAGACAAUACACUUGUGGUUCCCUGUGAGAUGACUGACAGUGGUGCUCAUGAAGGUCCCUGGACGCAACUAGCAGCAGACCCCGAACAAAUAUCCUACUUGCCAUUUUCCUUUGAGGAGAUCAAAGAAGCCCUCCAGCAAGCUCGCCCCACAGUCGAUGCGGCGAUGAUACAGAAACAUAUUGAAUUUGCAAGUCAGUUUGGGACGAAUUUAGACUGAGAUGCCGUGCAGAAAUUUGGACGAACUUCAGUAUCAUGUCCCUGGCUCGGUUUAUUUGCUUCGGCUUCCCAGGAAACCCAGAGAGUCAGUAGCCUCGUUGAGCACUUCUUUGUUGGAGGAAAAGUCAGCAUGCGCCGCAUGCAUUCAUUUUGCUUGCAGAAUCCUGAGACCCCGGCAACUUUUUUCCUGGGUCGGCCGAACCGGCAGUACGGUCCGCUUGGGACCGGUGCCGUUGAACGCUAGCGGAAUUCUGCGGUCCGUUCGCAUUUAAAGGUGAUGGUCUCAGGUUUGAUCCAAGCUUCACAAGUCCGUUGCCGAGCCGUGUGGCACUAUCGACAACAAAAAGUGACGAUACUCUAAGAGAAGGGAACAU